CAUUCGGACAAGGAAUUCCAAGUUAUUAGUGCAUAGACCAACGGGAAUAAAAACACUCAAGUACUAUGAACAGUACAACCUUGAAAGUUCCAAACCAACAACAUAAUACGCUAGAAAGCAAAAUGGUCGAUUGUAGUAAUAACUCCGGCAGUAAAUGCAGUCUUGCAGACAGUGGAUCCAUCAGCAGUUAUAACACAAACGAUAAUUCACAAUCUUUAAGUCGUGACAGUAGCUUCUCAAGCUAUUCUACUAGUAGUACAACGGGUAGCAGUAGCUGUGGCUGUGAUCUUGAUUCGCCAUUAAGAAGAAUCGUCGCUCGUGGUUCCUCUCACAAAUACUUUGAACAAAGACGAGCUGAUCAGGAGGACCGUCCUUCUUCACGUCUCUUCAACUCAAGAAGAAAUAUUUUUGAUUUCAAUAGAGGCGUUGAUGGUCAAUGCACUCCAAAGCUAUACAAGGCGUCAUCUUUAGAUGCAUCUGGGUUUCCACAGCAAGAGCAUGAUUCUGAGCGCAGUAGAUCCGAACCUGAGGUCUCGUUAAAGAAGUGUCUCCUCUCCAGCCCUCAGGGUCUCAUCAUUACAACACCGCCAACUAAACGAGUCUCGGUAACAGAGAGACGAGCUCGAUCAAAGUCUGAUUCGUACGAUGAUGACAAUAAUGAAACCCCAAAACCACAGAAUGGUUCAAAGGAAUCAAAGUCAAAGAAAAAAGAAAAAACAAAGCGAAGAGAGACAACCGCGUUUGAUUGGUAUCUGGAUGAGUCCGUAAUGAAACGAGUUCUCACCUUCUUGGAUGGAGAAAACAAUGAGGAAGCUACAUUAGAAGAUACAGACCUAAAAAGACAAAUGGAGGAUCUAAAAAAGGAGCGUGAUGCUGCGUUAAGUSAGCGUGAUGAUGCUCUUCGUGAUUGUGACCGCUUGAGGUGUGAACGUAAUGCAGUUGAGUUGGAACGAGAUAACUUACUUCAAGAGAGAGAUGAUUUAAAGAAAGAGUUGGCCAAUAGAAGUCUUGUUAUAGAUCAUCUAAAAGAUCAUCUGGGUAUGGCGCAUAUUCCUGUCAAGAUAGACUCCACUGGUUCACCUUGCAGUUAUUCACCAAAAACAACGAAAGAAACCCUAACGCUGACCCUUCCAAAAGACAAGAACUUUCGCCCAAGAUCAAAGUCCGAAGUUCGACCUCCCGAGUUCUUUGUUCCUGAUGAAUUUUUCCAAAAAAGCAAUGCGUACACGCGAAUAUAAAUAGUAAGAAUCCACGAGGACACGUGACAUACUUUUGGAACAUUUAAUCGUCUAUUUAUACUCAUGUAUUGUGAUAUUUCAGCAGUUUAUAUAAAAGGUUGAUUUUAUGAAAUGUCGAUGGAUAUUAUCAGUGGCCGAAAGGAAUUAUGGGCUGGAUUUACAGGAAUAAAAGCUGUUCAAAUAUUGAAA